GCACCAAGCUAGCGAGAACUGAUACGGCGCGAUGCACAAGCACAACAUGGAUGCCAUCGCGCCACUCGUCAUACUCCUCCUGGUUAGUGGAGCAGCAGGAGCAAGCAAACAUGCAGAUCGGUCGGCUGCGGCUGCCGUGACGUCGUCGUCUAGAACGAUGGCGCCAAUGGAGUAUUGGCGAGCAGUGCUUCCCCUGACUCCGAUUCCCCGAGCCAUACACGACCUGUUGACCCAUUCUACAGUGCAUGUCUCUCAGGAUAGCAAGGGUGUUGCUCAAGGGAAGAACACUGAUGCAAUGGAAAAUCACCAAUCACAAGGGGAAGGAUUUGUAAAAGGACCACAAAAAAUUGGAAAAGGGAAUGAGGUAGAAAUGAAAAUGCAAUUUUCUGGUGCACAGUUUAAAGAGGAUGAAAAUGUCUUGAUGUUGAAAGGGAUGAACAACCAUUUUAAUUUUUAUGGGACAAACGCCAAAGAGGACUUAAAAAAGAUUUCAACGUCAUAUACCUCCCAAAUUCAGAAGGCUCCAAGAAAGACCACUGAGUCAUAUGGAUAUCAAGGUAACAAAGGCGGUCUAAGAAAGGGCACUUUAUCAUACAGGUCCCAAGGUGAGGACUUAAGAACGAUCAGCACAUCAUAUGGGUCCCAAGGUGAGGAUUUAAGAACGGUCAGCACAUCAUAUGGAUCCCAAGGUGAGGACUUAAGGACGGUUAGCAUAUCAUAUGGGUCCCAAGAUGGGGACUUAAGGACGGUCAGCGCAUCAUAUGGGUCCCAAGGUGAUGACUUAAGAACAGUUAGUACAUCAUAUGGGUCCCAAGAUAAGAAUUUAAGGACGGUCAGCACAUCAUAUGGAUCCCAAGGUGAGGACUUAAGGACAGUCAGCGCAUCAUAUGGGUCCCAAGGUGACGACUUAGGAACAGUUAGUACAUCAUAUGGGUCCCAAGAUAAGGAUUUAAGGACGGUCAGCACAUCAUAUGGGUCCCAAGGUGAGGACUUAAGGACGGUCAGCACAUCAUAUGGGUCCCAAGGUGAGGACUUAAGGACGGUCAGCGCAUCAUAUGGGUCCCAAGGUGACGACUUAAGAACAGUUAGUACAUCAUAUGGGUCCCAAGAUAAGGAUUUAAGGACGGUCAGCACAUCAUAUGGGUCCCAAGGUGAGGACUUAAGGACAGUCAGCACAUCAUAUAGGUCCCAAGGUGAGGAUUUAAGGACGGUCAGCACAUCAUAUGGGUCCCAAGGUGAGGACUUAAGGGCAGUCAGCACAUCAUAUGGGUCCCAAGGUGGGUACUUAAGGACGGUCAGCACAUCAUAUGGGUCCGAAGGUGGGGACUUAAGGACAGUCAGCACAUCAUAUGGAUCCCAAGGUGAGGACUUAAGAACAGUCAGCGCAUCAUAUGAUUUCCAAGGCAAGGACUUAAGAACGAUCAACACAUCAUAUGGUUCUCAAAGUGAGGACCCUUCAUCAAUGAUCACGAUAUGUGACCACAAAACAGGUGUAAGUGAGAAAGAUGAAGCAAGUAAACGGGAUAGGCAUGACCCCCACGUUCACAACCACAACAGCGGCAACAAGCUUGCAGACGUGUUUUUCUUCCACGACGUCCUACGGCCAGGGUCGGUGAUCACGCCGACCAUCCCUGUGACUGCCACCCUGCCGUCGCUGCUACCGCGCCGUGAGGCUGACUCCCUUCCGUUCUCCUCUGCGCGAUUGGGCGACAUCCUUGCCAUGUUCGCUCCCGCAUCCCUCACCAUGGAAGAUGAGAUACGGACGACUCUAGACUCCUGCGAGCACCCACGUCCACUCCCAGGCGAGAAGGCCGGCUGCGCCACCUCCCUUGAGUCCCUCGCAAGGCUCCCUGCUGCCCUACUCGGCACACGCGAUGUUCGCGCUUUCUCCGGCGACAUGCCCGUCGACCCGGCGGGCACGACGGCUCGACGGGGGAGGUACAACGUCACGGCCGUACGGAAGCUAUCCGAGUCGCCGGUCGCCGCGACGUGCCAUGACCUGACCUACCCCUAUGCGGUGUUCUACUGCCACACGACCAACCAGGUGGCGGCGUACCAGGUGACGCUGGCGGCCGAGGACGGCAGGGCGCCGGCGAUGGAGGCGCUGGCCGUGUGCCACCUCGACACAUCACAGUGGACCCCCAGGCAACCGUUCUUAGUGGCGCACAAUCUAAAGCCAGGUGACGUGGCGGUUUGCCAUUUUCUUUCUAAGCUCAGCAUCAUCUGGGUCCCGGCCGGCGAGCAAGGAGGCGCACGUGAGGCCUGGUAGAACACAAAGUACCCGUGGGCAUUUGUGUGAGCUCUGAUCUAUGGCUUUUGUUUGUAACGUAUAAGGAACACACACAACGUGGCUCUAGUACUAAAUAAAAGCCGCGUGAACGGUGUUGUGAUUGUGAUUUGUUUAAGAAACGUGUUGUGUUUGUUAUUUGGCUAAACAAUUAGUCAUGUUUUGUAUUUUACCUAAGCAACUGGUGUUUAAUAGAUCUGAGACUUCUCUUCUGGUA